AUGAAGGCUAUCACCCCACUUAUCCUCAUCUCUCUGGCCCAGGUGCCAUCAAUCUUCGCUCAACUCACCGUCCAAACAACCACCGGCAUCUAUACUGGCCUUAUCGACCCCGUGUUCCCAAAUGUCCGGCAAUUUCGAGCCAUCCGCUAUGCUGAACCGCCACUAGGCCAACUAAGAUGGCUCCCUCCGGUUCCAGUGCCCCCCUCAACACAACAAAUCUUCUCAUACACCUUCCCGCCAUCCUGCACACAAUAUCUCAGCAGCACGCCCGUCGUCUUUACCGCCCUCUUGACAAACUUCUCUAUCCCUCUCGACGGGCAGCCUGUCUUGCCAGGUGAAGUGGCACGUACGUCCUCAGAAGACUGCCUUUUUCUCUCCCUCUUUGCUCCUCUCACAGCAACCUCAUAUUCCAACCUCCCCGUCAUCCUCUUCUUCCCCGGCGGCGCGUUCACUAUCGGCGGCAUCGAUGUGUCAUUCCAGAACCCAGCCCCUUGGGUAGAGAGGUCGCAGUCACACAUUGUCGUCGUGGCCAACUACCGUCUCGACAUAGCUGGCUUCCCCGGGGCAGCUGGCUUAUCGGAACAAAAUCUCGGCCUGCUUGACCAGAGGGCGGCACUCGAAUGGGUCAGAGACAACAUCGCCCCCUUCGGCGGAGACCCAACGCGCAUUACAUUAUGGGGUCACUCAGCAGGCGGCAUAGGCGCCGAUAUGCUUGCGCACGCGUUCCCUUCGAACCCAAUCGCCCACGCUCUGUUCUUACAGUCUGGCACAGCGAUGUUUAACCUCCUUCGUCUCGGUGGACAGAGCGAAGUAGGAGCAGGUUUUUCUUUCGUUGCGCGUAACCUUGGCUGCGACUUCCCAAAUGACCCGGUUGCGGAGCUACAAUGCAUGCGACAAAUUCCUAUGAACAAGAUUAUGAACUUCGCUGGACAAUAUCGUGAGAAUGGUACCACACCAUUGCUGCCAUUCUUCUUUCCCAUCCCGGAUGGGAGGCUGGUGUUUGAGAAUUACACCCAGAGUGCAAUACAGGGGAGACUGGCGAGUAUUCCCGUGCUGGUGAGCGCAACGUCGAAUGAGGCUGCUUCUCUUACCUUUGUGCCGGCUGAUCUGGAGGAGGGGCCGAACCAGACGGAUGUCGAUACCUUAACUGUGUUGAACUGGGUGUGCAUGGCCAGUAAUACGACUCAAGAGAGGCUAUUGGCGGGAGUAACAACGUACCGGUACCAAUAUGCCGGGAACUUCUCGAGUGUGACUCCUUAUCCAUGGUUGGGUGCGUACCAUGCAAGUGAUAUCCCAAUGAUUAUGGGGACUUUCGAGACAAUAGGGGACACGGCCGAGGUGACAGAGUUUCAGAGACAGGUGGCAUAUGCGAUGCAGGACUAUUUACUCAUUUUUAUGAACGAUCCGGAGAAUGGCUUAAGGAGGUUCGGAUGGUUCCCUUAUGGGGACCAGCGGAGUUCGACUGGAGGAAGGGACUUGGUUCGGUUUGGGAGCCAUGGGAUCAUUGCCCAGGUUGUGGAUGCCGAGACGGUGGAUGGCGCUUGUACGAUGGGGAGGGUGUACGAUUCAAGUCCGUGA